AUGGAAUCAGAAACUCCAAGCAAAAAAAGAUUUCUGUGCCCGAUAUAUCUGAUUUUCCUUGAAGCUGCAAUAAUAAUACUAUAUGGGCUAUUUACAUCAUUUUCCUCAUUUUCUGAGCCAAUUAAUCCAAGCUUAACCCCAAGCUCAGACUCAGAAAAUCAUUUUAUUCUGCUGUAUCCUCUUUAUCAAGAUAUCUCUAUUAUGAUUUUUGUAGGUAUAGGGUUUCUUAUGUCGUUUUUAAGAUUCCACAGCUGAUCUUCAGUAGGAUUUAAUUUUAUUUUAGGUGCUCUUUCUUUGCAGCUUUAUAUCCUAUUUAAUGGAUUGUGGGUAAGAGUUAUAACAAAUUCCUCAUGAGACAUUCCAAUCAAUUUAGAUAUUUCUCUAUUUAUCAACGCUCUAUUCGGCACAGCAGCUGUUUUAAUUUCACUUGGUGGAGUAAUCGGAAAACUGAAUCUUUUUCAGCUAGUUUGCAUGGCAACCAUAGAAAUUUGUAUUUACGCCCUCAACGAAGCAAUAGUUUUUAACAAAAUUCACAUAACUGAUGUAGGUGGUAGCAUUGUAGUCCAUAUAUUUGGUGGCUAUUUUGGCCUAACAGUCUCACUCCUGGUCUCCUCAAACAACUGUAAAAAUCACCCAAAAUUAGUUGCAAGUUACAAGUCAAAUUUAUUUUCAAUGAUCGGCACAUUAUUCCUCUGAGUCUAUUGGCCUUCAUUCAAUGCUGCACCAGCUUUAAAUAUAAACGAUGUUCAUCGUGCUACGUUAAACACAAUUUUAUCUCUAACAGGCAGCUGCAUCGCCACAUUUAUUUUUUCCACUUUAUUUAAAAAUGGAAAACUGUGUAUGGAUGACAUUUUAAAUGCUACAUUGGCUGGAGGAGUCAUUAUAGGAACAAGUGCUGAUAUUAUUGUGUAUCCUUUUUCGUCAUUAAUUAUUGGCUGUUGAGCUGGAUUUUUGACGACUUUUGGAUUCAGGGUUUUGUCACCUUUACUCCAGAGGAAAUCAAUUUUGUAUGACACUUGUGGCAUACAUAAUCUUCAUGCGUUGCCAGGGGUAUUUGGAGGAGUUUUUUCAGCAAUUUUUAUAGCUGGGCUGACAAAAAGUUCUCUUGGAUAUAGGGUGGAAGACAGAUUUUCAGGGAGGUCUGCAUCAGAACAAGCAGUUUUACAAAUUAUUGGCUGUGGAAUAAGUCUUGGGUUUGCAGUAAUAUCAGGAAUUUUUACUGGUAUUUUGUUAAAACUUCCAUGUUUUGAGAAAAUAAAUUCACUAUUUGAUGAUAAAGAAUUUUGGGUGAUAGAAAAUGAUCCAGAUGAUUAUUUAGCUGUUGGGCAUGCUCAUAGAAGGACUGAAAGUACAGAUGGAAAGCUAGUGAAUCAUAAUUUAUCUAAUUAG